AUGAAGAUUGAUAAUACCGAAAAAUAUCCAAUAAAUAUCCAGAAAUUAUUCUCACCCAAACCUCCAUUUCGAUACCUUCCACCAACAGAUAUUCCACCCGAGAAACGAAAAACCAAUUCCAUAACUCCAAUAUCCAACCUCAAACAACAGAUAAACCAAUACAUAGCCACCGAUCUCCCACAAAUAGAACAACAACAAUCCGCCAAUUCCCAACCCCAAACCUCCAACCAUCAACGUCUCCAACAAGCAGCGGAAUUAAAACGAAAACAAAACCAAGAAUCAUAUAAACGACAACUCGCCCAAUGGAAUGAUGCUGAAUUGUUUGCCAAAAAUGAGAAAGAAUUCAUGAAGGAUCCAUAUCGUACAGUAUUCAUCUCUAGAUUGGAUUACCAACUUACUGAACUUGAUAUAUCGUCAGCAUUUCUGAAAUAUGGCGUUAUUGAAUCCAUUCGAAUCAUUCGAGAUCACCAAGGGAAAUCAAGAGGAUAUGGAUUUAUCGUAUAUGAACGAGACGUGGAUGCCAAGAACGUGAUUAGUGAAUUGAGUCGUAGUGGGUUACAAUUGAAUGGCAGGAAUGUGUUGGUGGAUAUGGAAAGAGGAAGAAUAAUUAGAAAUUGGAGACCGAGAAGAUUGGGUGGAGGAGAAGGUGGGAGAGGAUAUUUAAAGAGUGGAAGAGUGAGUUCGGCAGCUGCGACGGCGAGAAGAGUGCAUAUUGCUAAUAACCCGAAUUAUCUGUUUCAACUGCAACAUCAUCAUCAACAGCAAGCACCUACAAUUCCUCAAUAUGCUAGUCAACAUCAACCAGGAUAUCAAAGUCAUCUGAAUGGUAUAAAGAAACCAGAUACAAAGGUUUCUAUUAGAGAUAAAUAUGCAAAGUAUUCAAGUAGUAGUUCUCCGCCGACUUCCACCAGUACUUCUUAUACUGGAACUAAUACUGAUCGUUCAAUACGAAGUAUUAGACAGUCAUAG